UUGCUUACCUUGUUUUCGAAAUAAAGUUUGCUUUCGGUUUGUUUUUACUUGGUGGAACGUUUUUCAUUGCCUGAUGUGAGAAAAAAUGGUUUCCAUGUGAAUUAUUUGCAAACAUAUUCUUUUCAAAAAUUAUCCUAUAAUUUCUUAAAAAAUAUGGAUGAGAAUAAAAAAACAAAAUUAGGCAAUGAAAUUACAAUUUUAAAAUCAACAUGUUACAAAAUUACUUUUCAUCUUUAUUUAUUUGAAUGGGUUUCCGUGCUGGUGUUUUAUCAUCUAAGUGACAAUGGAAAAGGAUUAUUAUAAAAUUUUAGGAAUCCCAAGAAAUUCUACUGAAGAAGAUAUUAAAAAGGCAUAUCGGAAACUGGCUUUGAAAUUUCACCCGGACAAAAAUAAAAAUCCUGGUGCAGAGGAGAAAUUUAAAGAAGUCGCUGAAGCUUAUGAAAUUUUAUCUGAUAAAAAGAAGAGGGAAAUAUACGACAAGUAUGGUGAAAGUGGAAUAAAGAGAGGUGCAAAUGGUACAGGAACUAACACAAGCAACUUUAACUUCCAAUUUCAUGAUCCUAGGACAAUAUUUGCUCAAUUCUUUGGUUCAGCGGAUCCUUUUGCUUCAUUUUUCAGUUUUGGAACAGAUAAUUUAUUUGACAACAAUAUAUUCGAUCUUGAUAAUGAUCGAGAUUUUUUCUCACCAAGAUUUGGAUUAGGAGCGCGACAUGGAUUAGGUGGAGCAUUUAGGUCACAUUCCUUUAAUGUACAUGCCCCACUAAAAAAGGAAAAACCUCAAGAUCCACCGAUUGAGCACGAUUUAUAUGUUACUUUAGAAGAAGUUUACAAAGGAUGCACUAAGAAAAUGAAAAUAUCUAGAAAUGUUAUUCAACCAAGUGGUGUAACUAAAAAGGAAGAUAAAUUUUUGAAAAUUUCAAUACAGCCUGGCUGGAAAUCAGGUACAAAAGUUACUUUUCAAAAAGAAGGGGAUCAAGUACAUGGAAAAGUGCCGUCUGAUAUUAUUUUUAUUAUAAGAGAUAAACCGCAUUCGCUUUUCAAAAGAGAAGGAAGCGAUUUAAGAUUUACGGCGAGGUUAACUUUAAAACAGGCACUUUGUGGUGUAAUAUUUGAGGUGCCAACAUUAUCUGGAGAUAAAUUGCGUAUUAGUACUAUGCAAGAAAUUAUCAAACCUAAUACAGUAAAAAGAAUACAAGGAUAUGGGUUACCUUUUCCUAAAGAUGUAUCAAGAUUUGGUGACCUAUUAAUUGCUUUUGAUAUUCAAUUCCCUGAAAAACUAACUCCAACACAAAAGGAUUUACUUCGAGAUAUGCUGUAAUAAUCUUUCUUUGUUUCUGCAAAACUGGUAUUCCAAGUCAUUGCCUUUAAGUUCUUUAGAAAUAAACUCAAUUCAUGUGCUACCAUUCUUGCAUACACCACAUAUUGCAAAAAAAAAAGUGAAAAUUCAAUUAUCUGUUUGUUAUUUUACAUAUUUAUUUCAAAAGUGUUUUUUUUUUUUUUUUUUUUGUAAAUAUGUAAAUUAAGUUGUGAUGAUGUAAAUAAGUUUACCAAAUAAAUAGAUUCAUCUAUUUUUAACA